AUGUCCAGUGACUUUAGCCGGCAGCAUCCGUUCUACUAUUACGGCCACGAGCCGGUGUCCGCGUGCAGUGCCGGUGCUGGUGUGAACGUCAAAAUGGAGCAGUUGGAGCUACCGCUGGCACAAGCCGAUGGGCAGAGUUACCUCGGCGUAUCAACCGGAUAUGGAUUUGGCGUCCCGAGCGCGACCUCCAUGUCGCCGCAAGUUUCCGCCAACGCUCCUAAUGUGGUGAUGCUGCCGGGGUUCAUGGACAACUACCCGGACAGCUGGAUGACUCCCAGCCCGUCCAGCUUCGGCUCCGAGAGUCCCGACUACUACUCCCUAGCCAGCUCGCCUCAGCGCCACUUCAUCGACGUCGAGGAGUACAAGGAAAACCUAGUAGUCAUGCAACAGACAUCCCAGCCAACCGCCCCAGCACUGACACAAGCAGCAUUACCUCUUUCGCCACCGCUUGCUAACGUUCAGAUGCCCCCCUCCCAGUCCGGAGCAGGCUCCACCGGAGCCGCGUUGCCCGUGAAAAAACGCCAGUACAAUCGGAAACCGAAGGUCAAGCCGGAAAUGCAGCCGGAGCUCCUCGACGAAACUAACGCUACCUCGCCAGCGGCACUCUCCUGCCCGUCGUUGCCCAAACCGUUCCUCAAACCGUGCGAGUCCGCUCUGCCGACCGUUGUCUUACCCGCCAACCCUUGUCCCGCCACCGGAAGCACCAUGGGCAAGCGGAAGCGCAAGCAAGUUCCUCUGCAGAUCAAGAAGAAGCGCCGUCUGGCGGCGAACGCACGCGAACGCAAGCGAAUGCAAAAUCUCAACGAUGCCUUCGAUCGGCUCCGGCAAUACCUGCCGUCGCUCGGCAACGAUCGGCAGCUGUCCAAGCACGAAACGCUUCAGAUGGCACAGACCUACAUUACCGCACUCUGCGAACUGCUACAAUGA